AUGGCGCGAUACCAACCAUUUGGUCAUCCUGUACAAAUAGUAACUUUAACAGAAGAUCACAAAUUUAAACUUGAUCAAGAUGAAUUAAAGAAAAUAUUAUAUCAUGAACUAGCAAUUGGGAAAAAAAUUUCACUUGUAUCAAUUGCAGGUGAUUUUCGUAAGGGAAAAUCGUUUAUGCUUGAUUUUUUUCUUCGUUAUUUACAAGCACAAGGUAAUUCAGAAUGGAUCGGACGAGAAGAUGAGCCUUUGACAGGUUUUGGUUGGCGUGGUGGUACUACUAGACACACAAUAGGAAUGAUUAUGUGGAGUGAACCACUUCUUUUAUCACUACCAAAUGGAGAAGAAAUUGCUGUUUUCCUGAUGGAUACUCAAGGAACAUAUGACUCAUACUCAACUGAAUUUGAAAACACAUUUAUAUUUGCAUUAACAUUACUUGUUAGCAGUGUAACUCUUUAUAAUAUUAUGCACAAUAUACAAGAAUAUGAUUUACAGCAUUUAUCAAUUUUUGCGGAAUAUGGUGUUUUAGCUCUUGAUGCUAAACAUAACUCACCAUUUCAGCAAAUAACAUUUCUUGUACGCGAUUGGCAGUUUAAAAAGGAUAGACGAUAUGGAUUUGAAGGUGGAGAAGAAUAUUUAUCGGAUUGCUUAAAAAUUCAAGAAAAGCAACCUGAAGAACUCAAGUUACUUCGUGAACGAUUACCUAAGUGUUUUCGUGAAGUAAAUUGCUUUUUAAUGCCACAUCCUGGCCUUGAAGUAACAACUGGAGAAGAUUUUAAUGGAAAAUUAGCAUAUAUUGACAAAGACUUUAAAAAACAAUUACUAACACUUGUACCGGAGAUUUUUUGCUUAGACAAUAAAAAUUUUAUUAAAAAAAUUAAUGAACAACAUAUUUCAUCGAAGGAUUUAUUCGAAUAUUUUCGAGUAGAUACAGUUAUGGCAACAGGUCGUAUUCAUUGUUUAACUGCUGUAUCAGCAGCAAAAGAUUAUUAUAGUCAUCAAAUGGAAAAGUAUUGUGGUGAUGAUCGACCUUAUAUUCAUCCUCAUCAGUUAGAUGCAUUCCAUCAAAACUUCCUUCAAGAAGCUAUUGAAAAAUUUCGUCAUGCACCUAAAAUUGCUGAUGAAAAAAUAAAAGAAGAUUAUGAAAAAAAAUUAGAAGCUGAAAUAGACGAACUUCAUACUAAAUUUAAAAACAAUAAUAAUUCAAAAAAUGUUUUCGCAUUUAGUCGUACACCAAUAACAUUGAUAUUAUCAAUGGUUUUAUGUUAUUUAAUGGCUGUUAAUCGAACAAAUUUACAAAUUUUGGAUUCAGCAACUGUCUUGAAGCUUUUAUUUGAUCAAACUGACCCAACAAAAUAUAUUGGUGCUUCGUAUGAAUACAAAGGAGAAGUACGUACAGCUAUUGCAAGAAAAGAAGUCAUUCUAUGUGCUGGUGUAUUUAAUAAACCAAAACUUUUGAAAUUAUCUGGUGUUGGUCCUGAAACAUGGUUGGAACCAUUGAGUAUCAAAGUAGUAGCAAAGAAUGCAGAAAUAGGAAAACAUUUUGCUGAUCAAAUGGCUAUUUAUAUGGCUUUUAAAAAUACUGAACAAGUGCCUGCAUUGCCAUAG